CAAUCAAAGAAUACUUUCAGUGUCAACAGAAAAAUCUUGUUUAUUAUUAAAAACUACUGGAAUUCUCAAGUCAAUAUAAAAAAUAUACACAACAGUCACACACAAGAAUUAGUUGAGGUAGAAAACCUCUAAGAUAACUAUUUUCUUGACUUAUAUACAUUGAUGACAAGUUUAUCAACUAAGAAUAAAAGCUCCACCAGAUUCAGAGAGGUAUACGUACUGGAAUGCAAUUCAGGUAUUAGUUUUGGUGAUCGGCCAUAAACGCACUGAGAAGACCAGUCCAAUUUGCCUUCAUCAAUUCAUGUUCUUUAUGAUGGAAGGUGCAGUUCAACAACUUAAUAUCCUGUUCAUCUCAGUUCCCGGUGGAAUGUACUUGAAGUCAUCAUGCCGCCAUCUUAGAGUAUAAAGCUUCAUCCACCAUGAACAAGAUGAAGAUCUACUUCUGUGGAAGCAUCAGGGGAGGUCGCCAAGAUGUAGGUCUCUACUCAAAGAUUAUUGAGACCCUCGGGAGCUAUGGAGAGGUCCUCACUGAACAUGUUGGAUUUUCUGGAGGUGUCACAAAGAAUGAGAACUUGGAUGAUAAGGGAAUUCAUGACCGAGAUAUAGCAUGGCUGAAAGAGUGUGAUGCUGUAGUCGCUGAAGUGACCCAACCUUCCAUGGGCGUUGGUUAUGAGCUUGGCAGAGCUGUCGCCAUGGGCAAAAAGAUCCUCUGUCUCUUUAGGCCUGACACAGACAAAUUGAUAUCUGCACUGGUACAGGGAGCUCACAAUGGAUCAUCGAUUGUUGUCAAGCAUUACAAAGUAGACGAUUACCCAGGCAUAUUGAAAGAGUUUUUCGAUAAAUUAUCAAUACAGGAUUCAGAUGGUGAAGUGGCCACUAAGAAGAUGAAAAUGGACGAAAAUGAAGGAAACAAGAAUGCGGAGUCGGCUGAUAGCAAAGAGCGCAAGAUCUAUUUCUGUGGUAGCAUCAGAGGUGGACGCCAAGACGCUGGUACUUACGCAAAGAUCAUCGCGGAGAUAAAACGUGAAUAUGGCCCGGUGUUGACCGAGGUUGUAGGUUAUGAGAACCCUGUUCUUCCUGGGGAAGACAAGAUGACUGAUGAAAAGAUACAUGAGGUUGACAUGGCAUGGCUUCAAGAAUCAACGGAGUUAGUUGCCGAGGUUACACAGGUCUCAACUGGUGUUGGAUACGAGAUUGGCCGAGCGGUUGAAAUGAAUAAGAAGAUCAUGUGUCUAUACAGGCCAGACACUGCCCCAAGGAUCUCUGCCAUGAUCAGUGGAGCUGAAAACGGAUCGUCAUUCACCGUCAAGGGGUACAAAGAUGAGGAAUAUUCAGCAAUCCUUAAGGAAUUCUUCCAACCAAGCCUUUGACAAGGAUAUAGUUUAACUAUUGUAUGACUAGAUGGAACAAGAGACUCAGAGAAUAUAUUCAAGGGUAAGGAGAAGAAGAGGAAGACAGAAAAGGAGAUGGAGAGAUGAAAUUGCUGAAUGAACACAGCAUUAUGGAGUAGAAUGAACAGUGACACAAGAGAAUGGACAAUGCAGGAGGAGGGCUUCAUCUUAUAGACCACAGCCUGGUAAAGAUAAUGAUGAAAGAUGAUGAUGAUGAUGAUGAUGAUGAUGAUGAU